GAACUUUAUAAACAUUUAACCUAUUUCAAGAGGUAGCUCAACAAAUUAUUUGGAUUACUAGUUAACAUCCCCAAGGUACAAUAAGCAAAUCAAGCAACUCCAGUUAUAAUCAAUAAAACACCGCAUAUCCAACAUAGCCACGAAGGAAGAUGUGGUCAGGAUGUGGAUGUGGUCUACAUUGAAGAGUUGGUUUGCACAGCUCACUUCCACUAAUUUCAGUGUUGAGAGCGCCACGUCAAGAAUAUCAGGGUCUAUUACAAUAGAAAAACCGAAGAUCACAGUAACUUUAAGUGACGAAGAUAAAAAUAUUCGAAAGAUAACCGUCGGAGAUGUUCGUGUCACUCAUCGUGGUGAUCAUGGAAAAGUGCUCAUGCUCCUUGGAGCCACUGGAUCUGGAAAAAGUACAUUGAUCAAUGGAUUUGUAAACUACGUGAAGCAAGUCGAGUACAAAGAUCCAUACCGUUACGAGCUAAUAAGCGACGAGACGUCUGACAGCCAAGCCAAAAGCCAAACCAAGUGGAUUACAGCGUAUACCUUUUCAAAGAAAGAUAGUUCAUUAAACCUUCCCUAUACAUUAACCAUUAUUGACACCCCUGGUUAUGGGGACACAAGAGGCCUUGAAAGGGAUAAAGAAAUAACAAAACAAAUCAAGGAGUUUUUCUCCAUCAAAGGGCCACAAGGCCUUGAUCAUAUUGAUGGUAUCGGGUUUGUUGUCCAAGCACCUCUGGCUCGUCUUACCCCAACACAGAAAUACAUCUUUAAAUCCAUCCUCAGUAUCUUUGGCAAGGACAUCUUCCAAAACAUCUUUUUGAUGAUAACUUUUGCUGAUGGCAGUACACCACCAGUACUAUCUGCGAUAGAUGAAGAGAGCAUUGAGUUCAAGAAGGCUUGCAAGUUCAACAACUCUGCACAUUUUCCAGAUGAAGGUGGAAGCAAUGUAGCAGGAAACGAAUAUCAAUGCAAUGCUUUCAAUGAAAUGUUUUGGGAAAUGGGGAAGAAAAGCUUUGAAAAUUUCCUUCAAAUACUUGGCCAAACUGAAAGUGUCAGUCUGCAAUUGACUAGAGAGGUCCUCCAAGAAAGAGAACACCUAGAGUGUUUAAUCGAAGAUUUGCAGCAAAAAAUAAGAAUUGGUUUAUUCAAAGUGGAUCAGCUCCAUCAAGAGGAACUUGUCCUAAUCAGGCAUGUAAAAGAGAUAGAGACAAAUAAAGAUUUUGAUUAUUGGAUCGAAGAAACCAGGCAGAAAAAAGUGGAUUUAAAGCAUGGUGAGCAUGUCACCAAUUGUCUAUUUUGCCACUCCACUUGUCAUUACCCUUGCCGUAUUCCAAAAGAUGAAGACAAAAUGAAUUGCGCUGCGAUGGUUGAUCACGAUCACUGUAAGGUGUGUCCAAACAAGUGCAGCUGGAAUAUGCAUUUCAACAAUGGAUACCGGUUCAAGUUGUACACCGAAAAUGUAAAGAAAACAUCUCGAGAGCUCAAGAAGCGUUAUGAAGUUGCCAAAGAAAAAAAAUCAGAAAAGGAGAGAAUCAUGAGCGGUCUUUCCACCGAACUUGAAGUAAUGCAUUACGGUGUCUUUUUCAAUAUUCGCAAAGUAAGAGCAAGCCUUGAACGCCUGGGUGCGAUUGCUUUAAGACCAAAUCCCCUGUCAGACGUAGACUACAUCGACUUGUUGAUAAGAUCUGAAGAAAUGGAGGCAAAAGAAGGCUGGACUAAUCGUGUUAAAGCCUACACUGAGGUUCGUAGACAAGUGAAUGUAGUUUCCACUGUUAGGAAUACAGAAGAGUUGCUGAAGAAAUUUAAAGGAGCACCUGUCAAGCAACUGUCAAGUUGGAAUUAUCUAAAGGAAGCCUUAAAAUAAGUGACUUGGAUAUGUUUAAGUAGUUUUAUCCACUGAAAUUGAUGCAGAAGAAAAAAUACAAAACUAACACAUUUAAGAUAUUCUUAUAAUUGAAGCAUACUGUAUAGCCCUCACGUUUUCUACCAGUAUCAUUACAUUAAUUUUGCACUAAAAGAACUUUGAGUUUUUUGGCAAUUUAUACGUUGCACAAAAAGUAGUAUGUUAUUUACAUAAUAUAUAAUCAAGAAUGUCAGCAAUCACUUGUAAACUUAACUCCGGUGAUUUCUACCAAAAUACAAUCAUACUAUGUAUCAUCA